AUGGAAGAGCUCGCUGCUCUCGCAGACACCGCCACCGCCACAAAGAGCGACGCUGUGGUACCUCGCGAUGAAGCCCACAGUGACACUAGCGCUGGAAGUGGAGACGCCAGUGAAGACAGUGAGUGGGUCCUAGACUCAGAGGAAGAAUGCCCAUGCGGUAACGAGAUCCAGACAAGCGACAGUGACGUUGACGAAGAUUCCAAUACUGUGGCAACUAGCAUCAAUUUGAAUGACGGAGAGCUUCCCGAGCUCGUCACCCGUCUUAUUCAAGAGGAUCCUUGCGACAAGAAGUGCUUGAAGGGGAAUGCCACGGAGUUGGAACAGUUUCUGUUCCUCAAGAAGACGGGUACCGUGCUGUGUCAUCGGGAUCAUGGUCUACGUGAGCAAUUUACGCGCUACAGGACGCGUAUUAACGAUGGGAUUUUCUCAGUAAAAGCCCACGGCAUUCUUCUCAACCAAAACGCUGGUGCUGUAGAUCUCCGCUGGUCGGUUUCGUGGUUCAAGAGAUUCGCUGUUUCUGUGGGUGAUGUCGUGCCAGUAGUACACACUUUUGCCGGCGUAUUUACGUGGGACCAAUUGUACACUGAACUGCAAAACUACGUGGAGGAGAUAGCACUGCGAGUCCGUGAACCAAGACCAAGCACGUAUCGCCAAUACCUGACGAAGCUUUGGCCAACUAUUCGAAUUCGCUCUCCACGUUCCAACGUGUGUGACGUUUGUACCAUCUACUGGUCGCGGAUGAAGAGUGGAGCUACAGCAGCAGAGACCGAGGCUUUUGGUGAGCAUACGACAGCAGCACGGCGUAUGCAGGAAGAAUACAAGUCUGAUCUUGCCUCAGUCGACGACACCCUCGCCGUGGUUAUCAUUGAUUUCAGUCAGAACCUUACACUGCCUAGUGUGAGCAACACGCCGCCGCAGUUGUACUUCUUUUCGCUUCGGAACGUGAACAUGUUUGGCGUAUUCUACGCAAAUAAGAACAUCCAGUAUAACUAUGUGUACGACGAGAGUGUGGCUGGUAAAGGUACCGAUGAAGUGCGGAUGCUGCUGGCACUGGCACAUAAGUCGCUUUUGGAUGAAAUCAAUCUCAAGUUCUUUGUCAAAGGCCAUACAAAGAAUGCUGUGGAUCGAGGGUUUGGCCACGUGCGAAAGCACAUUGCUCGAGCUGAUGUGUGGACAAUGUACCAGCUUCUCGGUGUUGUGAAUGAAGCAUCUUCGUCGUCUGCUCUAGUGCACAUUCCGAACCAAAACACAAUUUUGAAAGUGUACCGCGACGCCAUGGAGGAAGCAUACAAGAAGCUGAAAGACAUUCAAAACUCUGACGAGGUGACCCAGGACCUUCGCCGUGUGUACGACGGCAUCACUACGGAUGCUACUUGCAACCCUCCCCCAAAUUCUGAGAAGAUCCAGUUCUUCUACAAUAAGGUCCGCCCGUUUGUUCCGGAGGAGUUCCAAAAUGAUCCAUUGUACGACCCACCGAACGACGAGGAUGAACGCACAGCGAAGCAGAUUCAGAAGGAUCGACAAGCCGCGUCUAAACAGAAGAAGAGAGAGCGCGAAGCUGCCGCUGCAGCGGCGAAGAUUACAAAAGAGACUCCCAGAGUGACUGAGACCACUGGUGAGGCUAUGUAG